AUGACCAAGGCCGAAGGAAACGUCGAGGCGUUGCUCAACGCUGCCAACGCCACCACCGCUGACGAAGCCUCCCACCCGGCCCAACCACCUCAGCAACGACCGCUACGACUGAACUUGAGCGAGGCCCUCCACGAGCGCUACCGCUACUUCAAUACCAAGCUGCCCGACGGCCAGUUCCGCCGCCAGGGCCUGCUGAAGCAGCUGACGCCGGAACCGGUGCCCCAUCGCCUCCCCACCCUGCUCCACAUGACGCGGACCGAGCCACCGGUUAAUGCACCGCCCGGAGCGAUGGCAGCCCGCAAGAAAGUGCUGUUUUCCAACCUCCACCUGGCGUGUCUGAGCGCCCUGAUCUCAUCCCGAGAACUGCUGCCGUGCGAGCUGGACGACGACGACGAGCCCCUGCUGCCAAACCAGCACCACCCCCAUCAUAAUAAUAAUGGCCAACCCCAGCUCCAGCUCCACCACACCAUCAGCUACCCCACCCCCAGGCUACGAACCCUGCUGGUAUCUAACUCGCCGCUGCCUACUCCAACCAUGAUGAUGAAUGCCGAUAAACGCCAGCCGUUACGCAAGCUCAUGCUGUACCAGGGCGCCGAUUUAGGGGUGCUGAAGCUGUUGGACUCGACGCUACUGAGUGGCCACGGCUCCCAGGUGCUGCUCCCCGAGUUCAAUAAGCGGCCGUUAACCGAUACUCCCAUCGUGCUGUCGCUUGCGUCGCCCAUCACCCGUCAUGCCAGUGAUAUUGAGGAAGUGUAUGAGGAGGAAGAUGCCAAUGCAGAGUUUAGACGGACGAAAAACAUCUCCCAUUUGAACCUUAGUGAUAUGGGAGGCUCAGGGUCCGUCAGCCCCUUGACCCGACCCCCUGAGUCGCAGACCCCUCCCAAAAUCACGUUGGAACCGCUGAUGGAGGCCCAGGCAUUGCCACAGGCAGGCGAACCCGUCCCUAAACGGAUUGUCCCUGUCCCCGUCGAAGGGCCGAAACACACGCUCCCGCCAUCAAACCUUGAACCCCAGACGAUCGAACGCAUCACUAACCUUCUCCUCGACUCCACCGAGCGCCAGCGCAAGAAGAAACAGCUGUACACCCUCAAUAUCCCCGGCCAGACGUCGCUGAAAACGCUGCCGGACGGCCACAUCGCCAAGGUCGACGUCGGGCUGAAACUCGUCAUUGUCAUGGUGGGGCUCCCCGCUCGGGGCAAGCUGUACAUCACCAAUAAGCUUACUCGUUAUUUGAACUGGUUGCAGCACGAUUGUCGGGUAUUCAACGUCGGUAACACUCGGCGUAAAAAUAAGCCUGCCGCCGGACCGGAACUGACGCCACUCCCGGAUAACAAUAGCAUGCCGGGGCUGCAGCACCAGCUGCCAGAAACGUUAGCUCAAUCGCCGCCUACGGAUAACCAUGACCACAAUGGUAACAACAACAAUGGCAUUAAACAGCAGGGCACGGCUCAUAAUGCGGCGUUUUUCGACCCUAAGAAUAAGGCGCUGAUCCAAAUCAGAGAGAAAUGGGCGAUGGACACAUUGGACCAGUUGCUUGACUACGUACUUGAAGGCCAAGGCAGUGUGGGUAUCUUUGACGCCACUAACCUGACCAAACUUCGGCGGCUGAGAGUGCUCCGCCGUAUUCAACAGCGACUGAAUGGUGAAUUGAAAGUGUUAUUCCUCGAGCUGAUUUGUCUGGACCCAGCCAUCCUCGAAGCCAAUAUCCGGUUAAAGCUUUCUGGUCCCGACUAUAAGGAUAUGGACCCCGAAGUGGCGCUCAAGGACUUCGAAGGCCGUCUCCAAAACUACGAAAAGGCUUAUGAAACUAUUGAUGAAGACGAGGAAGAGUCGCUAAAGGGGAUGCAGUACGUCAAGAUGAUUAACGUCGGGAAGAAAGUCGUCGCCUAUAACGUCCAGGGGUUCUUAGCCUCGCAAACAGUAUACUUCUUACUCAACUUUAACCUCUGCGAACGGCAAAUCUGGAUCACUCGCCAUGGCGAAGCCACCGAUAACGUUGAAGGUAAGAUCGGGGGUGACUCUCACCUUACCAAAAGAGGCCGUAAAUUCGCUCGUUGUUUGGCUCAAUUUAUGGACUUCCAACGGCGUGAAUUUCGCAAGCAACAGCUUGAACGGUUCCUGCUGCGGCUCGAAUUGCGCUACAACUACGUGUUCAACCCGAAGGAGUUGGAGAAGUUGGCCCAGCAUGUCCCCAGCGAGCCCAACUUCUGUGUGUGGACACUGAUGUUGAUGCGGCUGAUUGAGACCGCCCAGUACUUUGACGAUACCAAGUUCAGCAUCAAGGAGAUGCGGAUGCUUAAUGAGCUUGGCGGAGGCAAGUUUGAAGGCAUGACUUACGGGGAAAUCCAGGAGAAGUUCCCUAAAGAAUUUGACGCGCGGUUGAAGAAUAAGCUUAGCUACCGGUACCCCGGGGUGGGUGGCGAGCUGUACUUGGACGUAUUGACCCGUUUGCGUCCGUUGAUCACCGAAAUCGAACGGACGACCGACCACUUGCUCAUCAUCUCCCACCGCGUCGUCCUCCGCAUCUUGUUGGCGUACUUCCUCAACUUGGAAAAGCUGCUGAUCGGCUCCCUCGACGUGCCCCUCCACACCCUCUACUGCUUAGAGUCCAAGCCCUACGGUACCGACUACCGCAUGUACGAGUACGACGAGAACAUCGACUGGUUCGUGCUGGUGAAACCUGAACACCUGAAGAAUGUCAAGGAAGUGGGUGUCCAGUUUAGAGAGAGAAAGUACUCCGUGGUGCCCACUGCUCCUCCCACAAGAUCGCUGUGCCACCGGGCGUCGAACGCCCCGCCGCCGUUGCGCCCGUCGAUGCUGAUGAACGACCUGAGCCGGGCCGAGAAAACCAACUAA